UCUCAGAGCAGAGAAGCUAGCCGCUUCAGUGCGCUUCAGUCAGUAUUAGAAUUCUCUCUGGUAGAGUUAAGAAGCAAUCACAAAAAUGUCUGUGUUCUUUGUAAACGCAAAUCAGGAUAGCGAAAUAGAAGGAGAUUCAAAUGGAGGAGGAGAGUUGCAGAUUGCAUCUCCAACCAAUUCUGAGGCUCAAAUAGCUUUGAUUCAUUUUUGGCCAAAAGUUAUGGAAGAGAUAAAAAAUAUCACAACGAUGGAUUUGAAGACACAAACUUUACCUUUAGCAAGGAUAAAAAAGAUUAUGAAGUUGGACGGAGAUGUAAAAAUGAUAAGUGCCGAAGCUCCUAUGCUCUUCGCCAAAGCUGCUGAGAUUUUUAUACAUGAAUUAACGCUCAGAGCUUGGGUGCAUACUGAAGACAACAAAAGGCGUACUCUUCAACGAAAUGACAUAGCAAUGGCAGUGACAAAAUACGACCAGUUCGAUUUUCUAAUUGAUAUAGUACCUAGAGAUGAAAUAAAACAAAGCAAGGCACAAAGUGAGAGCUCUGUGCGCACAGCCAUGAAUUCGGAUCAGGUCCAUUAUUAUUUUCAAUUAGCUCAGCAACAAGCUUCGGCAGGUCAGAGUGUUCAGAAUAGUAGUAGUGGGCAGCCCAUACAAAUUGUUCAACCUUCUGGUGGCCAGCUACAAACAAUUAACAUUGGCAGUUCCGUAGAACAGGAUACCAAUACUAGUACAGCCCAAACAGUCACAGUUCAGAGUCCACAGCCGACGUCGGGUCAACAAAUUAUUCAGCUACAGCAAGCGCAACAAACAUCUACGACGCAACCCGGUGGGAUACAAAUAGUGCAACAAAUUGUUACGCCUAGUGGUGAAAUUCAACAAAUACCUAUUCAAUUGACUCCCCAGCAGCUGCAAAUGAUUCGCAUGCAGGUACAAGGUGGAAACAAUCAGCCUAUUAUAAUUCAAACGGCUCCGAUUCAGUCUCAACCGCAGUUGAUACAAGUUGCACAAGGCACUCAGGCUCCAGUUUUCUUACAAGCCUCCAGCGCGGAUACCGAAUAUAUCGAAGCUACUGUAUUACCUUGUGUAAAAUCAGGAUAUAAAAUCUCGCAAAUUAAAUGCGACAAAGAUCACUAGCCGAACACGAAGAACCACUAGUACUUAUCGAGAAAUAAGACCAAACUUUUUCUUACAAAAAUCUUUAUUUUAUUUCUCAUAAUAUACCUUUACAUUUUAUCGCUCACAUUAUGUAUUUGACUGUACAUAAUUCACAUCCUAUGAAAAAAUUAUAUAUAUUUUUAUUGACGUAAAAAAAAAAAAAAAAAAA